GUCAUAGAGUAGCACUUAUAUUAACUACGUCAGUGACCCCGCCUUGGCUGGCUAAAGUGGUGGAUAUCGUGUUGAUCUCUCACCUCGAUCAGAUAUAAAUGAGAUCGCGCAUCCCUUUCCUAGCUGUUAGGAAUACUCGUCACUGUCGCAACAUACCACAUCAUACAUCUAUCCAUAUUCCUUCACGCUCAGCAAUAUCCACAAGUAUGUCAGGCGAACUCGAGAAGUGGAAGCAGACCCUGGUGGGGAAGAAAUACGUCGAAGGCGGGGCAUCGGCGGAGUCCGAUAACACAUUCAGCGAAGCCACACUGCCUGAGAAGAAACGUAUCGUCAACCCGGGCAUGUUUCUCACGAUGGACUUUCAGAAGGACAGACUGAAUGUACAUCUUGAUGAUAAUAAAGUUUGUACCAAAGUUACUAUGGGUUGAAUGUGGUGUUUCCAUGGGUAAAUCGACUUGAGCAGUGCACUGUUUUAGGGUUUGAU